AUGGCGUGGUUCUGGGGAUCCUCAACCAACACCCAGUAUGAGGAACUGGUUGAGAAGGCAUGUUCGCCCCUCAAGCUUGCGUUCCCGCAGGGCGAGGACAUUGCACUCAACCUUGAGAUCACGGACAUGAUCCGCUCCAAGGCUGUGCAGCCCAAGCAAGCGAUGCAAAGCUUGAAGGCUCGAGUGGCUAGCGCCAACGGUCGCGUGCAGAUGUACGCGUUGAGUUUGGUGGACACAUGUAUCAAGAACGGCGGCGAUCACUUCCUCGCCGAGAUCGCGAGCAAAGAGUUUGUUGACGAGAUGAUUGGCGUCGUCAAGGGGCCGUCCACAAACGCCGAUGUGCGACAGAUGGCGCUGCGGAUGUUCCAGAGCUGGGCGCUGGCGUUUGAGAAGAAGCGCGAGCUCGCCUUCUUGGUCGACGCGUACCACGACAUGAAGAACAGUGGCAUCAAGUUCCCGCCGCCGCCGGAACGGAAUAACUCGUCGCUUAUCGAGACGGCGACGGCACCGGCAUGGGUCGACUCGGAUGUGUGCAUGCGCUGCCGCACAGCAUUUACGUUUACGAACCGGAAACACCACUGCCGGAACUGCGGACUGGUUUUCGAUCAACAGUGCUCGAGCCGCUCGAUGCCCCUGCCUCACUUUGGCAUCCAGGACGACGUGCGAGUGUGCGAGAGCUGCUGGGUCAAGGCGGGCAAGAACAAGCCUGCGCCUGCUGUGCCGGGACGCACGCCACGCACGCGGCAGGACUAUGACGCGGACCUGCAGCGCGCGAUCGAGCUCAGUUUAGCGCAGGCACAGCCUGGCGCCAUGAUGGGAUCUGAGCCACCAUUGGCGCUCAGGACGGGCGCGCUCGACGAUGAGGACGAGCAGCUCCGCAUGGCGAUUGAGGCGAGCCUACGUGAGAUGGAGGCGCGCCCCUCUGCCCCGAUGGAGGAGGAGCUCAAGCCGCUGCCGACGUUCGACCUGAACCCGCGCGAGACCGAGACGGUCCUUACGUUCAGCAACGCGCUCGACAUGAUGGCCGCCUACGGCGAACGAGACUUGCACUCUUUGCCGCACGCGCGGUUGCUACACGACCAGGCGCUCGCCGUUGGCGGCAAGCUCCAGCGCAACGUCGAGGAGAAGACGACCAAGGCUCAGAUGCUGCAGGAGAUGCAGGGCAAGCUUGGCGAGGCUGUCGCGAUGUAUGGCCGCAUCCUGGACGAGCAGCAGGCCUACGCCCAGCGCAAGGCCCAGGAGGCGCAACACGCCGCAUACUACCAGCAGUACGGAUACCGAUACCAGCAGCAGCAGCAGCAGCAGCAGCAGGGCUACUACAUCCCGCCAGCACAACAGCCCUACACGAACGGGUACGCGCUGGCCGCUGCACCGCAGGCACCACCUCAACAGGCCCCAGCCCAACACGCCCCUUCGAUGUACCCCUCGAUGCCGCAUGCCACGGACCCAUACGCGUACCGACCUCAGCACGCACCGUGGCAGCCUCAGCAGCCCUCCCGCCAGUCCUCGUAUGCGCAGUACGCUGCCCCCGAUCCUCAGCUCCCCACCGCCGCUCCUUCCGCCCCCACCCCGUCCGCUCCCGCUGUCACGACCGCCACUCCUUCCGCCUCUGCCCUCGCUUCUUCGUACACAGUGGCCUCGGCCCCACCACCCAUCGACAUGGCCUCGCACCCCUCCAUGUCCCCGUCGGUCGCAUCCACCGUGCCCCUCCCUUCAUCGCCAUUGCAGCAGCCGAGCUACGUCGCAGCGCCUUCCGCACCGUCCGCACCGUCCGCACCAGCACGAACUGCCUCGUACUCGUCGACGAAGAGCCCAGUCGAGGCGCCCGUCGCUGCGUUUGCCAAUCCCUGGGAGAGCGCAGCGUCCGCCCCUCCUCACGCCCAGCCCCAGCAUGCUCCUCCACAGCCUCAGCAGGUCCCACCUCAGCAGGCACCUCCUCAGCAUCAGCCGCAGCAGGUCCCACAGGGAUGGUACACGCCUUCCAUGUUCCCGUCAGCGCCUGGCGUCGCGCCAUUCCCCUCAGCACCGCAGGAAGCACCUGCUGUUAAGCAGCAGCCGGUCGAGGAAGCGCUCCUGAUCGAGCUGUAG